CUGUUUCAGGGAGCGGACCAACGCUCCUCCUAACGCGCAGUCCUCCUGCUCGAAUUAUCGGACAGCUUCUGCUCUCCAGGACUAAAUCGAUUCAAACCAACUGAAACAGACGCAGGAGACAAACAUCGUGGGGGAGAAAACACGACGCAGUCCGUGACUUUAUUGAUCCAAACACGGAGCUCGCGCUGAUCGGUGGUAAAGUCACGCGGUGACAGAAUGACGAAGCUGCGUUUUCUCAUCAGACUUUUUCUCUACGCCGUAUUUUCACUACCAAACGCAAUGCAGGCUCCAACAGUGCUCCCACCGGAGUGUUUGCCUGGCGGCCACAUGGUUCUCCAGAACCCCCACCGCAGCACCACCUUCAGCUCCAGCAGCCUGCAGCAGUCAGAACCGCAGGACAUCAUCUGCGACCACUCACUCACUCCAGGCUGGUACCAGUUUCAGAUUUUUGACAAGCGUGCCAGAAUGCCCACACAGUGUGUGGAGGUGAACCACUGUGGGACCCAGGCUCCGGUGUGGUUGUCUCUGGGAGACGGUGAGACGCUCCCGGGGUCGCUGGAGGUCAAGCAGCUGACAGCCUGCGCUGCCUGGAAGAUCUUUCAGAGCGGAAGCAAAGACUGCUGCAUGUUCCGCGUCCCGGUCACCGUCCGGAGCUGUGGAGAUUUCUAUGUGUACCUGCUGCAGCCCACACCGGGAUGCAUGGGCUACUGUGCACAAGCUGAGCCACCUCCCGCUCCCUCUGUGCCUGUGAUUGUCUCAGAGGUGAAAGGUCACACCGUGUACCUGAGGUGCAGCUUUGACAGCAGCUCCAGCAGCUCUGUGGGGUUUGUGGUGGCCUGGUCGCGCCUCUCACCUGAGGGCAGGAAGGAGGAGCUCAGGAAGGAGACCACCAUCCACACCUCCGCCCUCAUUGAGCUGGACGGAUUCAACCUCCGACUGGGGGACAGGAUUUACUGCUCCAGCUCCAGUUUCUUGUUGGAAUCACCAGAUAUUCAAGGCACUCCCAUGGAAAGUCAGGAGUUUUUUGCAGGAAUAAAGUUAAAACCAGAAGUUAGCCGAGUGUCUGAGAACGGGAGGCGGCAUCGGCUUCUGGUUGAGAGCUCGAUUCCGGUUCCAUGUCCGGACGAUUCUUUCUCUUCUGCAGAAAAGUGUGUUUUAUCUCUGCAUCUCAGCACAAGCAGUGAAGAUGAGGAUUUGUUGGGUGCAGAUUUGUCUCUGUCUUCUUGUAAGGUGGAUUUAUCUCGGGGUCGCUGCAGUGGCGGGGUCUGUAGCCGGGUUCUGGUCCACUUCAGUCCCAACCCGGACUUCAUCAAAGACGGUGAACGGACCAGUAACAUCUCUGUGAAACCCGUCAUCACGCAGAACUUUCUCUGGAACGGAUACUCACCAGAACCUGUUCAGAUAACCAUUACUGAUGUUCCCCCGGCUUAUUGCUACUCCUUCACAGACCCCCACAUGAUCACGUUUGACGGCAGAUACUAUGAGAAUUAUCAAAUAGGCACCUUUGUUUUCUACAAGAGUGACCUUUGGCCCUUUGAGGUCCAUGUCCGUCAGUGGGAAUGUGGCAGCCUGGUCCACGCCGCCUCCUGUGUGUGUGGAUUUGCGGCGUGGGACGCCGGCGACGUUAUCACGUUCGACAUGUGUGACGGCGAGAUGGGCGAGACGAAGCCCCGUCUGUCUGUGAAGAGCAGAAACUCUAAACGAGUAAAGAGCGGCUUUCGGAUCAGUGAGUCCUACCAAGGACGCAAAGUCACUAUCACGUUUUCCUCUGGAGCAUUUGUUCGUGCAGAUGUCUCAAAUUGGGGAAUGAGUCUGACUCUGAGGGCUCCCAGUUCAGACCAGAAUCACACGUUGGGUCUGUGUGGGACGUACGAUGGAUGGCCGGACAAUGACUUCCACUCAGCAAGGGGUGCUGUGCUGGAGCAGUUGCAGGAUUUCAUAUCUGAGUGGAGACUCCCUGCAGGCAGCAGCUUGUUUGACUCCAUGCCAGCCGAUGUGAACACAACAAACAUCCACACAUACUGCAACUGUCAAGCAGAUCACCUGAAGCCAUCUCUCAGAUCUGAAUCCAGCUGCUCCAAUCACAGACUUUUUAAUUUUCGGAGUUUUAUCCCCGCUCUGGAUGUCACAGCUAAAUAUAUCAGUUCAGUGGAGCUACAGAAAGAAAAUAAAAAACCAGAGCUCACUUCUGGUCGCAGUGAAAGUUCCCCACAUCCGGACAGCCUCUCAUACUUCUUCCCAGAGGAUUAUGAGUUCUCAGUUCAGCCAGACGGACUCCCAAGAUGGCCGACUCCUGCUGGUCUAACUCAGCAGCAGGCUCAGGCUCAGUGUGAGCGCACAGUGGGAAACUCGAGUGUCGCCGUCGGCUGCCGGCUCCUGUUAGCAGGUUCAACAAUCAGCCGAGCGGUGGCCAUGUGCGUCGCCGACCUGCAGCUGAAAGACGAGCUGUCGUGGCUGAAUGCCACCUUGCCGCUGCUGGAGAAUGAGUGCGAGCGAAAGCUGGUGGAAGAGCGGAGGAGAUGGGAGGAGCACCAGGACGCGGCGUCCAUCCUGAGGUGUCCGGACCUGUGCAAUGGGAACGGCCAGUGCUCCGAGUCGGGCUGCGUCUGCUUCCUUGGGUUCGGUUCACAUGACUGCAGCGAGCUGAUGGACCAGAUUCCAGAAAUCACCAAGUUGAGGAAGGAAGGUCUGUGCAACGUCCGUCAGGAAGACUGCUCCACCAUCCAGGUCUAUGGUCACUAUUUCAGGGACUCCAGCCAGCUCAAGUGUGAGUUUGUUAAAGAAAAGAUUGAAGACGGGGAGUCGGUCACGGUUGCUCCUUGGUUUGUUCAGGCCGCUUUUCUGAAUGAAACAGGUCUUGAGUGCCGGCUCCCCUUGGAGGACAACCAGGGUCCUGCAGACACGGUGACAAACCAAGCCGUUACGCGCUGGCAGAUCAAAGUUUCAAACGACGGCUACAGCUACAGCAACACCAAGAUCCUGACUCUGUAUGACGGAGGCUGUCAGAUCUGCAGCCUCGACACAGAAAUCAUGUGCACCCUCAGGGAGAAGACCUGCAUCAUUGGGGAUUUGUGCUACAAUGAAGGGGAGUCCAAUCCCAGCAAUCCUUGCUUCACUUGCCGUCCAGACCUCUCCAAAAACACAUGGUCCAAAGCUGAGAAAAACAAGCCUCCGUUGUUCCAGCCGCCACAGAUUCCUCUCCGCUCCUUCCAGGAGGAAAGUUUCACCUACCAGCUGCAGGCUCGGGACCCUGAAGGCUCCACGGUUCUUUUCAGCCUGGUAUCGGGUCCAAAAGGGGCUUCGCUCACUUCAGCUGGACUGCUGAUGUGGACGGCGACCUCUGAACCCACAGACACCCACACGUUCCAGUUUACUGUCACUAAUGCCUGCACUGCGGAGACGCUCACCUCUGUCCAGGUUUCUGUGCAUUCCUGCGAUUGUCUCAACGCAGCGUCCUGCAUCACCAACGUGAACUUCCCCGCCGGAAGCGGCGAAUACGUCUGCGUCUGUCCUGACGGGUUCACGGGUCGGCGGUGUGAGGUGGACGUAGACGACUGCAAGCCGAACCCCUGCAGGCUGGGCCGCUGCGUAGACCGACCCAACUCCUUUUCCUGCAUCUGCCCUGGUGGAAUGACGGGACGAACAUGCAGGGAAGAUGUAGACGAGUGUCUGUCCCAGCCGUGCUUCCCUGCAGUGAGCUGCAGCAACACUCUGGGCUCCUUCAUCUGUGGAUCCUGUCCACCAGGAUUCACAGGUGAUGGGAAAAUGUGUCAAGAGGAAAACAUCGCAGGUGCUCCAGUGAGAGCGCCGCAGGUUUCUCAGAGAGCCAAACCGUCGGGUCCUUCGCCGUGCAGCAGGGCGCCGUGUUACACGGGGGUUCUGUGCUUCGAGAGCAUCCAUGUUUCAGCCGGGUUCGCCUGUGGACCCUGUCCUCCCGGUUUCCAAGGAAACGGACAAAUGUGCACAAAAAUGGGUCAGGAAACACUCACCAGUGGAGCAUAUGUUGGGACUCCUGUGUCUAAUUCCACCGAUGAAAGGACCCACUCCUCCUCUUCCUCCUCAUCUUCUUCUUCUUCUUCUCCUGCCUCAAACAACCAACCACCAGACAGGAAGUGGAGACCAGACGCUAGGAGAGCUUCCUUUAAGGAUGAACAGCCCACUGGUUCUCCUCAGAACAAAAUUGCAGCUCGAAUAUUUUCUCCCUCCGUCCACAGGGGGCAGCAUAGCACAGUGGCGCUGUCCUCGGAUACUGGUCAUGUGACCUGCUCCGAUUCUCCCUGCUUCCCCGGUGUUACCUGUGAACCGACGCGCUCAGGAUCCCUCAGGUGUGGGCGCUGCCCGCUCGGCUACACCGGGGAUGGACUCGUAUGUAAAGCUGUUUGCAGAUAUCCGUGUGGGCAGAACAUGGAGUGCUCUCUGCCCAACACCUGCACCUGCAGAGAAGGUUACACCGGAUACAACUGUCACACAGCCGUGUGUCGGCCUGACUGCCAGAACCAGGGCAGGUGUGUGAAACCCGACGUGUGUGAAUGUCCUGUGGGCUACGGCGGGCCGUCCUGUGAGGAAGCGAGCUGCGAGCCGCCGUGUCAACAUGGAGGCACUUGUCUGGCCAGAAACCUUUGUACCUGCGUCUACGGCUACGUGGGGCCCAGAUGUGAAAUUAUGGUGUGUAGCAGGCACUGUGAAAACGGAGGCGAGUGUGUUUCUCCAGAAGUCUGCAGAUGUAAACACGGCUGGUACGGACCAACAUGCGGCUCAGCUCAGUGUAACCCCGUCUGCCUGAACGGAGGAUCGUGUAUGAGGCCAAAUGUCUGCGCCUGUCCCACUGGCUUCUUUGGCUCUCAGUGCCAAAUUGCUGUUUGCAGUCCGCCCUGUAAAAACGGGGGUCAGUGUAUCAGAAACAACGUCUGCUCCUGCCCAGAGGGCUACACUGGAAAAAGAUGCCAAAAAAGUGUCUGUGAGCCGACGUGCAUGAACGGAGGAAAGUGUGUCGGACCGAACACGUGCUCUUGUUCUUCAGGCUGGAGCGGGAAAAGAUGCAACAUGCCCGUUUGUUUACAGAAGUGUAAAAAUGGCGGCGAGUGCGUGGGAGCGAACACGUGUCACUGUCCUGUCGGCUGGGAAGGGCUGCACUGUCAAACACCCUCCUGCAGGCGGCCGUGCCUCAACGGCGGGCGGUGCGUGCUGCCCGACUACUGCCACUGCCGGAGAGGCUUCAAAGGCCUCACCUGCGCCGUAAAGGCUUCACAUGCAUGAGAAGAUGAAGAGAAUUACUGCAAAAAGCAUAAAACAACCAGAUGUGUUUUAGUGUUUGAAUGUAUGAUGGAGAACAAAAUGUGCUCAUUUGUGCACAUUUCAGCUGAGGGAGAUGAUUUACUGCACUUGUGUUUUUGUCCCUGCAUUUCACUACCUCAAGGCUAAAUGUAAAAUGUGUUGAAUUCAUUUAAAGUAUUUUAAAUAUAUACGACUCUGUAAGCAGUGGAUGAACAUGUCAAGAGUCAAGUUUUUGUAUUUUAAAAACCAAAACCAUGAUAAAAAAUAUUUUUUCCCAGCAUUUUCUUUAAUGUUAUUGUUAUAACUUGUAUAAUCCAACAGAAAAACAAAACCUUACUUCAGUUUCUUCAAAUUAUAAAUGUUUAAUUGAAAUGCAUCAUUCAGUUUUGUCAAACAUCUUGAUUUGAGAACAUUUGUUCUUGCAAAGAUUCUCCAGAUUGUGACAAAAACGCCUCACCGCAAAACAGAUUUUCUUGUUUUCCAGUUGAAUUAUAA